UUAUAUAAUCAAGUUUGCCAUUCAAAUAGUUAAGUGUGGAUAUCAUCACCCUAUUUGUUAUGCGUCCAACAAAAAAAUUCAACAAAAAAUGAUCCGACGCCGGAAAAGUGCUGUCGAAAGGUUGGCUGAAAGCAAAUACAAUUACAUUAAGAAGAGUUCGUCGGCUAAUACGGCUCUGACGGACACCACGACCACUAACAACAACAACAAUCAUAAGACAUGUCUGCAUAGGACACUAUCUACCGGCGGUUUGAGGACACCGCUACUCAUUGUAACUCAUAGUAGCAGUUCGUCGACACCGUUGAAGACCAUAACCAACACCAACAACAACAUCCAUCAUCACAACCACAACCACAACAACAACAACCAUAACUUCAACAACAAUGACCUGAUUAGCUGCGAGUCGUCGUCGACGACGGCGACGAUGACGACGACAUCGCCGUCACCGCCAAGUCAUCAUCCAGUGAUAGCAUCACCACCACCGCUACCACCACCCGUGACCACCAUUACUGCAGGUCAACAACAACAACAGCAACCAGUGGUCAUCACCCGAAAGCGUAAUCCGUCGCUAUCUUCUCGUUUGUCCGAAGGGUCCAACAAUUUGGAGAUUCAGUUGAGGCAACUGCUCGGCGAUAGUAUCGGCGGCGAUAAUAACAAUUGCCAACAACAACAACAACAGUCAGCAUCCAUUGCCAGUGAUUUAGUUGACAUUUAUCAUCACAAGUCGCCAAAUGUUGGUAAAGUGGUGGUCACUAGUGAUAGUAGUAGUAGUAUUAGUAGUAGUAUUAAUAGGGAUCAACAGUUAACAGUAUUGUUGUCCAACGAAAGUCAUCCAUUGAAGCCAAAGCCUCAUCCGACGGAAAGGAUUGCAACAAAUUGUCCGACAAUUUAUAGGCAAUCCAUUGCCGCAGCCAAUCAACGAAAUGUCUUAAUCAGCAGCAAAACUGGCGAUAAUGGUAUCAUCACUGCCAACAACAACAACAAGAUUCCCGUUCCUAUUGAAAGGAAAGGCAUCAUAAGGAAGACAACAACGACAACAACAGCCACUACUUUGGGACCAAAUACUAGUCAUAAACUUAUUACCGCUAAUUGUCAUAACAUUUUAAGUGCAAACCCAAACCCAAAGCCAUUGCCACCGAAACCGUCAGCUGUAGCGGCAGCAUUGGCCGCGGCGGUUGCGUCGACAACACCGAUACUGACACUACCGCACCAGCGAAUUGUCGGAACUCCACACCAUCAUCAUCGGGUGACAAUAGGCCUUACCGUUGGCUGUCCCGUUGCAAGCCGAGGAACAGGAGUAGGAGGAGGAGGAUCGUCAUCACUGUUUACCGCACGACAGCUGAGUAUAUCGCGUUCAAAGUCCGAUGUGUCCAAUCGGCUGCUCGUCCGGCGUAACAAAAGUAAGGACGAAAUCGAACGGUUCUUCGAAACACUUGGUCUGGACUCGACUGUCUGGGAUUCGAUCCGAUCGGAGGCCACAACCAAUUCGCUAAUAUCGACGCCCAACCAUUUUUUCGAGUCCUACGAUUCCAUCGACUCGGACGAUGUUGUUGUCCAACAGACCACCACUACUACUACUCAGGCCAAUAAUCAACUGUUCCCGCCGUCUUCGCCGCCAUCAUCGUCGUCAUCGGUCAAGUCUUCGGUUCAUUCGGCCACUAACUGCGGCGGCGGUAACAACAAAGUAGACCAUACGUCUCUGCACAGUCGUCGGCUGAUGCAAUCCCGAUCCUGUCACGCCCUGUCCGAGGGUACGUCUAUUGUCGAAAAAAAUGCCAGAGUUAUCAAAUGGCUGUACAAUUGUCGGAAAGCCAUGUCGUGACACCACACAUACCAAACCCCAAGUGUUUUAAUUGUAAUGAGUCGGGUGUUUAUACAAUGAGUUUAUUACUAUUAUUAUAAAUAUGAUA